UCACUUACAUUGCUAUGGACUUCGACAAAAACAUGGUCGGUGUGAUAGGUAUCAACUUCAAGUUCCACUUGAUUCGCUCCUGGAACAACCUCACUGGAUAUGAGAUCUUCCCUGAUGGCAGGUGCGAGAAAUACCCUGUCCCUGCGAACUCCGUCUAUGAUCGCUGCCUGCCACCCACCGCCAAAUACAUGGGCUCCUCUUUCUUCGGUCUGGACGGCUCUCUGCCCGUGACGUCAUGGGAGUUCAGUAACAUGGGUCGUAAGAUGGUGGCCUCGUUCACAAACGUGCCUGGACAACCUAACGUACCGGUCGUUCGUAAGGCCAUGGGAGACUUCGAGGCCUGGGCUUACUCUUUCGUUAGCUGGAACUCUACUAUAUCGGAUCCUCAAGUCAUGAACAUCCCAGGCAACUGUGUCGAACGGAAAACCAAGAAGGAAGGUUGAUUUAAAAUAGUAUAAUAAUAUAACCUUUUUCGUGGUUACCAUGCAUGGGGGAAACGACCAGCUAAAUUUGGUACAGAAUGUUGGACUUUUUAACGUUGUUCUUUUUUUGUUGUUGCUGUGUUGUAUCUAGCAUGAAGAUGUUUUUAUUGGCGACUCUCAUCUAACCAAAUAUUAUAGUGGAAAUAUAAGAUCCUAUCAUGAAUUACUUGCGUGAGUGGAUAAUAUAAUAGAGAACAGACGUGUUGAAUAAAUGAUAAUGAAAAAAA